AUGCCACCCUCUAGCAUCUCCCGCUUCUGGCAUCUCGUCACAUACGCCAUUCCCACCACCUUAAGAUACCUCCUCAACGAUCUCCUAACCCAAGCAUCAUCCGGAUACAUAGAUCUCCAAACAGCCCUCAUGGUCGCAAUGACCAGAACGUUCACGACAGACCCUACACCUGUAUCCAUGGAAGAGGAGCAGCGGAAAAGUAUUGCGUUCGCGAACGUCGACAAGGGCAUCAAAGUCGAGCCGAUGACGUUUGCGUUGUCCGGGAAGAAUAACAUCGCCGAGGCUGUGAGGGGUGCAAUUGUUGGAUUGGGAGGCUGUGAAGGGGAGGAUGUGCCAAAUGCGGCGGCGGUGGAUGUGCGAGCUGAGUGUUUGGUUGAUACUCGUCAGUCGGCUGGGCAUCGAGGGGAGGAUGAGGCCGGCGAUGGUGUGACUUAUAUUUAUCUUCACGGAGGCCAGUUCUACAUGCGAAACGCCGCUGCAUUUCGAGGUGUCGUCUCGAAACUGAUCAAAGACACGCCGGCGAAGUGCGUUUCUAUCGACUAUCGUCUCGCGCCGCAGGACCCCUUUCCAGCACCAUUGGUAGACACGGUCGUAACUUACCUCAGCCUCCUAUAUCCAUCACCGGAAAGUCGCCUCCGUCCUGUGUCUGCUGCAUCCAUAGGCAUAUGCGGCGACAGCUCCGGAGGCAAUCUCGCCAUAGCGUUUCUCCAGCUCUUACUGCAUUGGCAAAGAACCCAGCAGAAGAUCGAGUUCGGUGGCCGUGUCGUUCAAGUCCCCUUACCGGGCGCAGUUGCGAUCCACUCGGGAUACAUGGACCUGGCGAGAUCUCUCCCAUCAGAAGAAGAGAAUCUGGCCUUCGACGUUAUCCCUUCAGCCUUCCAGAACCCAUUCCCUGUUGAGAAGUACAUCCAAGAUACCAUCUGGCCCUGUAACCCACCGCGCCAUCACGUCUACGCUCCGACGAGUCUCAUACCUCACCCGUUGGUCUCGCCCACCGCGGCGACGGAUUGGAGUGAUUGCCCCACAAAGAUCUGGAUCAGCGUCGGCCAAGAAUGUCUUGCGGAUGGGAGUGUUGUCCUAGCAAAGAGCAUGGCGCGUUGUGGCGUUCGUGUCAGGCUCGAAGUUUAUCGUGGCAUGCCGCAUAAUUUCUUGGUCCGGCUUCCCGAUGGAGUCCAGGGGAUGACUUGUGGGGAGAACUGUAGGGAGUUUCUCUUGCGGGAGUGUAGUCUAAAAGCUCAUGCAAAGAGCUAUGGGUCAGAAGGGGAACAAGCAGUUGUUUUUGAGCCCGAUAGCCGAAAACGAGGCGUACCACUGGAGGAACUGGGACCUCAGCUCAGUGCGAGGCAAGUCAGGGAAGGAAUGGAGGAACGCAUUAGAUCAUGGGGAGUUGCGGCCUCCAGAGUUUCGCAUUAG